GAGAACGACGGAAAGUCCGCCGCAGGACCGGUUCGACAUCCUAGGUCGCGGUCAUAAAUAAUGCAUGCGUCCUCCGAACGACGGCGACGUACAGUUUCUUCAUUUCGGCGCAUUUAAAUCGAGAAGAAACGUUUACAAAGGCUCGAGGAGCGGAGGAGCCCAACAAGGGCUCUAUUUACAGACGGAGACCCGGGGGGCGGGAGGAGGAGCGGAGGGCCGAUGAAUUAAUGAAUUAAAUAGCGCUGAAAGUACGUGUUUCCAUCAACAAUGAAAGGCAGGACUGAGGCGAUAGGAGAAAGUUUUCAGACAGUGCUGCGAACUUAUUGAGGAGUUCCACUUAAGAGGAGAGAAGAGAUAGAAGGAGACUGAGGAGGAUAGAAAGAGAGAGAGAGAGGGAGUAGAGAUAGAGAAAAGGAUUACAUAAUAAAUCGGUAACGUUCGACCGGCACUGACUGACACUUAGCACACAACUUACUAGCAUCGAACAUAACUUGACAGGUUUAGCAUAUUUGCACGGAAAGUUAGUCAGUAGAGUAUUAACGGUUUCAAAUGCGCUCAUUUGAUUGAUAAACAUUAUGAGACCUUGUCGUUCUUCUGGCGCGGAUGGUGUUGACAGAGUUGUCAGGAACGCGCUGCUCUCCGUUCUGAACGCUUUCGCCGCUUUCGCCUCAGAUUGUCCGAUGCUCCCCGAGGUCGGAAAACAGCAGUGACCGUGAUCGCGAGAAAAGAGAGCGCUCUGCCUUCAAGUCCUCGUUAAAAGCUAUGACCUCAGCCACGCCCCCUUCCUCCCGUAGCCCCUCCCCACAGAAGGUGUGCCACUCCCAGACACAGACAGAUGUUUUAAAGCCACUCCUAAGCGGAGGAGGCGGGGCUUCAACAGGAAACGGACCUGCGGCAUUGAGACGCCGUCGACGGGUGCUAUCUAAAGAUGGGAGGAGCAAUGUACGCAUCGAACACGUCAGUGGGCGAGGGACGCUUUACCUGCGUGACCUGUGGACCACCUUUCUGGACAUGCAGUGGCGCUACAAGCUUUUCCUGUUUUCCGCCACCUUCGCUGGCACCUGGUUUGUGUUUGGAGUGCUGUGGUACUUGGUGGCACUUGUGCAUGGAGAUUUGCUAGAAUUUGAUCCUCCGUCCAACCACACGCCGUGUGUGAUGCAGGUCCAAACGUUGACUGGAGCGUUCCUGUUCUCCCUGGAAUCACAAACUACUAUUGGUUAUGGCUUUCGCUGCAUCACUGAGGAAUGCCCACUUGCUAUCAUCCUGCUUAUUGUCCAGCUUGUCAUCACCAUGGUGAUGGAGAUCUUCAUCACUGGAACCUUUCUUGCCAAGGUAGCACGGCCGAAGAAACGUGGCGAGACGGUGAAGUUCAGUCAGCAUGCUGUGGUGGCCAAUCAUGAAGGCCGACCUUGUCUCAUGAUCCGUGUCGCUAACAUGCGCAAGAGCCUCCUUUUAGGCUGCCAGGUAACAGGUAAGCUUCUGCAGACGUCGCUGACUAAAGAGGGUGAGACGGUGCGUCUGGACCAGAGAAAUGUAGCCUUCCAAGUGGACACUUCCAGUGACAGCCCCUUCCUCAUCUUGCCCCUCACUUUCUACCACGUGAUAGAUGACAACAGCCCACUACGGGCCUGGGCUGCCAAAGGUGGCGGGUGGACGGAUCCGGAGCUGGCUGACUUCGAGCUGCUCGUGAUCAUGAGCGCUACCGUGGAGCCGACCUCGGCCACCUGCCAAGUGCGCACCUCCUACCUGCCCGACGAGAUCCUGUGGGGCUACGAGUUUCCCCCCGUCGUCUCCCUCUCUCCCUCCGGAAAGUAUGUCGCCGACUUUGCCUUCUUUGACAAGGUUGCCAAGACCAAGACCCCGCCCCUUUUUAAACAAGCCCCGCCCCCGAACGCCCAGUCGACCCAGCAACAAGGCGACAGCAGCGGAAACCAAGGGGUGGAUAUGGAGAAGAUGCGAUUGGAGGAGAGCUACCGGGAGGAGAAGGGGCGGGACAGGGGGCGUGUCCGAGACCAGCUCAGCGUCCGCAUUAGUAACGUCUAGAGAGCGGAUGAAUGAACGGGGGAUCAGAUGAAGAUAAAUUGCUUGAGUACUUGUUGGAUUCAGUGUUAGCCAACUUUUUUUUUUAAUGCCACUAGGCUUACCUGUUUUACAAGGUAGGGUGCCAGUAGAGUUGGCUAGCGCUGAAAUGCGCUGGCACACAAGCAUGAAAUAGAGAAGAUAAAGACAGAGAAGCUAUGUUCGGAAUAGCACACUAGCAUACUACGCUUUUUGUUUCUAGUACGUAUACUGUGCAUACCGUGCAAUUUUCUGUAUGAACAAAACACGCAGAUUAUAUAACUGCUACAAAUGAUCGGAAAAACAAACCUCGGCCUAUAUUUCUGGAAAAUCGUAUGGCAGUGGAGCAACAGCAACUUUUAUUCCUGUUCACACAGAAUGUAUGUAAUGCAGUUCGAUGUUCACACAUAAUAAUCACAUGACCAGCUCUAUGUGUGUGACUUUCCUGACUUAGUAAACUUGCUCGAUAGCUCACCUGGUAAAGCAUUUCACUUGCCUUGUGAAGCAAGUACCUAAAAAACCACUAAUGAUAAAGAGGCACGGUCGCCUCGUCGUAUCUCACCGUUGCUUUUGUUAACACUAUCGGUUAAAUUUAGGGUUGAAUUUAAUGCAGUUGGUACAUUACUUUCACAAAAGAUAAAAACCACGGAAUGUGCGAUUCACCAGACUAGAUCACUAUUCGUACAUAACCAUGAUUAAUGUUUAUCCGUUACGAAUAAGCGCCCCUCAGUAUUACGACUAUCGAGUGCCGCUUACGGUGCAUUCAAACUGUUUCUAUAGCAGGGGUUUCCUGUAAACUUUAGCUUUAACCCGAUUAAACACACGCGAACCAGCUCGCUUGAAACGCCAGAGAAGGUGUGCUCGGGGCAAGUUAGAGCUAAACUCUGCAGGACGGUGACCGCGAACGAGUCUGGACACCUGUUCUAGAAGCUCGACCCGUCGUGGAACCCAUUUACUUACGUUUCGUUAUCGCCCUGCCGAAAGCUUCAAAAUGCGACUACAACUGUAAACCGGAUGCAUUGAUUUCUUUUUAGCUCAUCGUUUGCUCGGGUUGAGCAGCGGUCACGUUGCGCAUGGCUUCUUGAACGUCUCAUCGCUGCAUAAUGCGCAUCGUUUCACGCGACGCUCGAAAGAAAUAGCGUGCUGCAUACGUACGUGGGUUUGCUAGCGUUCCAUUCCGGAUAUAGUUGAAUCUGUAAAUGAGAAAUACCGUAAACUACUAAACUAUUAGACCAUGUGGAAUCAAACGGUGAUUCGACAUAGAUCUGCUGCUUUAUUCGUGACAAAACAGCAUCGGACGCUCUUGAGGGACCUGCUCACCAGGAAGGGCUACUUCACCCCCCUGUGGCCAAGACAAGCAGUGCCACAGAUUUGAGACGCUUUGAGAAGAACAGCUAUUCUGUAAACUCUGAUGGACAAAACCUGAUUUUAUAAACACACGGAUAUCGAUCUAUUUUUGCAGAAGGACAAUGGACCGGAGGGUUGCGUGUCACCGACUGGAAGAAAUCAUAAUAUUUAAACCACUGUACUGUAGUUAUUGAUAGAGUACAACGUUAGCGUCAAUAACUUGUGCGUGACUGUGUCAGAUGUGAUUUGCAUCUAUAUUUGUGUCUAACAGUGCCAGUAUAGAGCUAUUUUGAGGUAAAGAUCUAGUUCGUUUUUCCCCCACAGCUGAUCUUUUGUCACUGGAAUAAACAUAAUGAUGUUUGUUUAACAAUACUAAAAGCACUUUAACUCGAGGAGGAGGCUUUAUUUUUGAUAUUUCGUUUUGGGUCCAACUUAACUGUACGCGGCCUUUUAUAAGUGAAGAUAAUGACGAAGAGUGAAAGAAUGUAUUUUUAAUUAUAGAAACUGUAAAGUCAAUGUGCCUUUGAAUCAACAACAAUAACUACAACAGUAAUAAUAAUAGUAAUAAUAAUGAGCUGUUUAGUAAGUGUUACUGUCACUAUUAUUCAUGCGUUGUGUUAUUGUUAGUCAACAAUCCCCAUUAUAUAAAUUAUUGAGGUUUUAUCAAAUUAAUUUUAUAUAAGCUUUACGGCUUGCAAGUGGCAACCCACCUAUGACACAUUAUUAUUAUUAUUAUUCGGAUGGUUUAUAUUGUUGUAAAAGAAUGAUUUUGGUUUCAUCUUUAGCACAUGUUGCCUGUCUUAACUGCGGCUGUGAGGAAACAUCUGUUUCGUGAAUUUCCUUUUGCGUUUAGUCACUUUCAUAACUGGACUUUCACUUUACCUGCUAAUGAUCUCAGAUUACCGUUUUUAAUAAAUGAGAACUUUUGAGAAACA